AUGGACAUGGAAGAGGGCUCCGGGCUAUCAUGCCAGUCCAACGGGGGCCAGAUCACGUUCGUGGUCACAUUCAAGGCGGCAACGGCUGCCCAAGGAACGACGCCCGCGACACCGCGCGAGUUUAUCCGCAUCAGCCUGCCUCGCUUCCGUGGUGGUACAGCAACAGGCUGGCUGCAGUGGCUGCCUCAAUUUGAGCGCAUUGUAUAA